AGGCAACAUACUGCCGACAAUUUGGAUCAAGCGUUGACAGCAUUCAUACAGGAAAACAAACAACUCGUAUCAGGGAGUUCGGUACCCCAUACUGACAAAGCAGCCCUCGCAGGACUCCCUGAAGGACAUGAUCGAAUGUUUUCUCCUAGUCCACAAAACACAAGUUGACUGUUUGGGCAAACUCAGUUUUUUUCACAGGUUUUUGCCUCAGCAACCACCAAAGCUGCAUUCCACCUGGCCAGCCGGUACCCAUCAGGUGCCUCACGACUCCCACAUACCAAAAAGUCCCGAUAGGACUCUGUCUUCAGCUUGACGGCAUCCUCACCGCUGGUAACCAAUGGGUGCGUGAAUUGCUGCCAUGACAGGCACCGACUACCUUACGGUUACAGCUCUGACCGGCCGCAUCGGCAAUCGAGGCAGGGAACAUGUUCCACUCAGACUCAAUGUCACCGCCACCCCCAGAACGUGGGUCAAGUUCCGCCAGAGGUGGAAGUUGAAACUCCUUCAAACAGAGGAUUCUGGCAGAGACAUAAACGCCUGUCGGGACCUGUACCCCCACCCCAAUGCAGAGGGAGGCUAUCCUCAGACAAUCGAUUCCUAGGAUCAUCGGAACACGCAAACACCUCCACCACUAUAAAGUGACGGGCCAAGGAGGGACAAGACAUCCAUUUUCACCAGCUAACAUCGCCUCCAUGAUGUCAUAAAGACAAAGCCAGAAGAAUUCAAGCGCUGUUGUGGUUUUGGCCAUUGGAGGGCUCAGGAUGCCUACUGUCGUCGAGUGGGACGACGUGAAGAAGCUUGACCCGGCAACCCUCCACGAAGGUUACAAGGAUGAACUGGACAGCGUCAUUGACCUUCUCACGUCGACAGAAGCGUGGGAGGUGGAGCACCGAGCUCGGGAGGACGUCAUCCACAUACUGCGAGUGUUUCAGGCCUUACUCAAGAUGAAGAAUCAAGAAGCGACUUUGGCUGAACAGUUAGUUGAUGAACACGAGAAAAAUGAAAACACGCUGCUUGUCAAAGUGUCCAGACUGGAAGAAGAGCUAACCUUUGCCGGCACGGGCCCGGAGAACCGGUUUUUGAGGAACGAGAUCCGGGAGCUGAAGGGCCAGCUGGUGCGCAAGGAGGAGAUGGUCAACCAGCUGAAGAAGGAAAUGAAAAAAGAGAAGAACAACACAGAGAAGCUGCUUAUACGAGCGGAGGCUGCUGAGGACGACCUAAAGAUGUUGAAAAGAGAGAACACGCAGCUCCAGCAAGAUGUGGACUUUUACCAUGGACAGUUGGAGCUUAAGGAGUCAGAUGUGUCCAAAGAGGAGAACACCGAGAUUCAGAGGAAACUUAUCUCAGCCAACCGCCAGCUUUCCCAGUGUCUGGAUGACCUUCAGCAAGCAGAGGACGAGAUCUCGCGGCUGAAGGAAGACAACCUCCACAUGCAGAAAUGUGUGAAGCAGUCGGCCAACGAAAUGGAACAGAUGAGCGAUGAGUACAACCAGAUCAAGAUGGCCGUCCAUCAGUGCGACAACUUGACGGACCAGCUGAGGAAAGAGAGGGAUCGCGCCGAGCUGCAGGUUAGAGAGCUGACAGAGAAGAUAAAGGACAUGAUGGAAGAGGAUGACCCCAUUCUUUCUGCGGUGGACGCCCAAGUGGACCAAUGGAAGAAAGUGCUCUCUGAAAAGGACGAGGAAAUUUCCGUGUAUCAGCAGAUGAUCCGUGAACUCCAGCAGAAGUUGCGGAUGGCCCAGUUGGACAUGGACAGAAACAAUAUUGUUUCCCUGCAGCAGGCCGUGGAGGAGCGAGAUGAUCAGAUCAAGAUCCUCAGAGGGCAAGUGGAGGAGUACACAGGCGAAAUGAAGAAGCAGACGCUGCUCAUGGAAAGCUUGAAGGUGCCCAAAAACAAGAGCGGAAGCGCCUUUCUGGACACUCAAGCUCUGGUCCAGGAACGAACAAUGGAGGAGCUCACAUCCAAGUGGGAAGCUGCCGAGAUGCGAGCAGCGGAAGCGGAGGAGGCUUUAAAACGAGCCGAAGAUCACGCUGAGGAAAAAGACCGAGAGGUCAUUGAGGUCUCCAAGCGCCUCAAAGAGUAUGAGUGCGGCACUUACGGCCUCGAAGAAGCCGUCAGGGAGAUCAAAGAGUGUAAACUUCAAAUGCGAAGGAGAGAGUUGGAGUUAGAGGCUGUGACCAAAGAGAUCAACCAAGCAUACAUGACAAACAACCAGCUUGCCGAGGAAAAUGAAGAAUUCCGGGAAAGGCUCGGCUACGAACCCAGACAGGAAGUGGACCUGAGCGAGUUCAGGCGAGCCAAGGGUCUGAAACAAUGGCAGUACAAAUCUGAAAAUCAAAUCCUCACAAAAGAGAUUGAGCGUCUUGAAGAGGAACGAUUGGAGAUGAAGAAACAAGUCAGGCACUUGGCCAAGCGGACCGGGCUUCCACCAUCCAUCUUGGAGGAGGACAGUGUCCCACAUCGUGUAAAAGGUCUACAGGCUCCUAUUCAAAACAGCAACGCGAACACGAACGAAGAAAUCCAAGCCAAGAAUGAACGCACGGAAGAAGCAGUGACAAUGCCGAAGAGGGUGGUAGAAGUCAAUAACUAUCAGUUCCAGCUUAAAUUGGAACAACUAUCCAGAGAGAAAGGAGACCUGGAGGCUGCACUCAAAGACGUCCUCCUGGCUUUGAAGGCCAAAGACACCACAGCUAUCCCCACUCUGCAAAGGCUGGCCAACCACAACCUGAAGGUUUUUGCUACUGAUAUGGUGGUGAGCAUCCAAGAGGAGCACGCCAAGGCCCUCCAGGAGAAGACGAAAGCCGAAAAGGAGAACAGGAGGACCAAGAGGAAGGUGGACAGUCAGGAGCAGAGACUUCGAGAGAUGAAGGAGACCUGCAGAUGUUUGGAGGAAAAACUAAAGGAGAAGUCCAUCCAGGAGGCAGAUUGCCAGGCUGCCUUGAAGCUGGCCCACAAGAGUGUCAAAGAACUCCAAGUCCGCCUCAGUAAUAAAGAAGAAGUGAUCAAAAAGUACCUGGACCAGCUGACUCAAGUUGGAAAGGAUCAAGAAAAGUUGAUCAAGACACACGCAGAGGAGAUGAAGACGUUGUAUCAGAGGUUGGACUCCAUCAACAACAUGGCUCUGGAUCGCCUCAGACGGCAGGCAGCGGAAGCCAUGAAGAACCCCAGCAUUGACGCGUCGACAACCAAACACAUGGACCGCGUUGCCGAGUUGGAGCAGGUGGUGGCUGAACAGGACGUGUCGCUCGCAUCUGUCAACAGGAAGCUAAAGAUGGCCGCCGCCGAGUUAGAGCGGUACAAGGCGGCCAUCGAAGCGCAGGCCAAGAAACACGCUGAUGAGAUCUCCAGGUUGAAAAGAGCUCAUGCGGCGGAGUUGGAAGAUGCGAGCUUUGAGACCAAAGACCAGAGGAGCCAAAUAACAGAUCUAAAGAAGGAGAUGGACUCCCUUCAGAAUGAGCUUGAGAGACAAAGGGAUGCCAACCUUGUGUCACACAGCAACACCAUGAAGAACAUGGUAGAACGCCUUAAGUUGCAGCUCAUACAGAAAGAGAAACAGAUCAAGGCUCUCAGCAAAGUUCUCAUAGGAAUGCGGACCCAAGUGACAUCUGCUGCAGAACAACAAGUCAUUGCUAACACUGCACAGACAGAGGAGAAACUCAACAUUCAGAAGUUGCUCGAUAAGCACACCAAAGAAUUGAAGGCUCAGGUGCAGGAGUUGAGCGACCAACUGGAGGCGGCAAACGAUUCGUUGAGAAAGGGCGAGAACAAACUGAAGGCUCAGGUGGACAACCUGAACAAGAAGCUGCAGAGGAGCCUCAAUAGUCAGAAGGCGCUCCGGACUCAAUUGGAGGAGAAAGAACAAGAGUUCCAGGAGCUAGAGAAGCAAUUCAAGAGCCGCAGUGACCCCGCUCAGAGCAAAGAGAAAGUCGUGCAAUGGGAGGAGGCGAAGAAGUGGCGGUCCAGGUUGGACAAGGUCAAAAGCGUUCUGAAGGACAAGGAACAGCAAAACUACUUCCUGAUGAGGCAGCUCAAUUCUGUAAAGGAUCUCUAUGCCAAGCUGGAACGAGAGAAGAACACAACGCAGAAGAAGACCAAGGCUAGGGGAUUGACGGCUGAUCCGGAAGUAGAGAAGGACACGCAGUUGAUCACCGCAAAAGAUCAGGGACAACAAACCGGGAAUGGCGAGGUCACCGAGAAGCUGAGCCAAUCCCUGGAGGAGAGACUGCGAUCCUUAGAAAAGCACAUGUCCGACAAGUCUCAGGCAGAGACGCUUGUACCGAAGAAAGACAACGAGGCUCCUUCGCAGAGUGACGGGGACCUCCAGAAGGAAAACCUGAAGCUGGCUUCAGAGAAUCACGAGUUGCGCGUCCAGCUUGCGCAGGCUAACGUCGACCUGCCGAGAUUGAAGUGUAAAGUUGCAAAUCUGGAGGAGAUGUGCGGCGUACUGAGGAAUGACAGUGCUGAAAGUCUUUCUCAUACACGGGAAGCCGACACGUUGACCAGCGCUGACGACGUGGGGCCGGGAAACGAUGUCGCCAAGGAAGUCGGCGAGCCGAACCAGGAGCCGGACCAGAACCCCGACGUCAAUGGAGAGGUGCCGAAGAGCGACAAAGAUGACAAAGAGCCAGGAAGUCCCUCGGAGGUGGCCGGAGCGGAGGAAAGCCACGUUUAAUGUCGUGAUGUAUGACUUCACUGUUCCAUAAUAUGUCGCCAUUAUUUUAAGUAUUUUUAAACCAGUAGGAUGGUCUUGAAGCCAUUAACGACAAAGCGUAAUCCUGGCUGGAGAAUCCAAAUUUAAAGCCGCAGCCAGGGCUUGAAAGCAAAGACACAAGCGUGGUCCCUUUGACCAAAUAUGAGCAAUAUCGCGCAUGUUUCAUCCUUUGUAGUUGCAUGGCUUGUUCUUCAUAUCGUCAGAUUGGAACAUUUACGUUCCCAACACAGCACUUUUAUGAAGAAUAAUAGCCGUCUGGCCCGUUUGGAAUGAGUUUUUAUGCCCGCAUUUCAGGGGGAGAUGAGAAUUAUGCCUGGUAAGUGUUUAUAUAUGGUUAUUAGGAGGAGUUAUUUGUAAUCAAGGUGGGCUCUCUAAGGUAAUUAGCGUUUUUGGAUGCAGUACUUUGUAAACUUGUGGAUGUUGUGGCUACUCGUGACCUAAUCAGCAAUGCGAACGCAACCCCCUGCGAGCCACAUUGGCCAAACGUACACGAAGGCUGUCAUUAAAGAAAUACAAAAACAGAAU